GACCAAAUUCACGUGUCUUUUUCGUUAGUGGGGAAGCCUGUACGAGCCUAGGGUGGGCAUAAUGCUACCACCACUUUCGCUGUCAGUGUAACUUCGAUGCACGCACGCGUCAUACGACACAGGGUUCCGCAGAUAAAUAAAAAUAUAAACGAUGCAGUUUUAAAAAAUAUAUCAUAAAUAUGUGAACCGUUGACUGAGUCUGUGUUUUUAAUGUCCAACUUCAAGUUCAGUUCAUUGGAAUAAUUUUAUCUAAUGACUUUUUAAUUAAAAUUUAUACAACAAAAUGUUGACUAGUGCAAAGUGCUUUAUUUUAAUUGGAAUUGCUAUAUUGCGAGUCUCUGUUACAGAAAGUCAAGAAAACGAAAUUCCUUCCGAAAAGAAGGCGCAAUCAGUUAGAGACUUGUUUAACACGACAUCGUGUAUACAGCCUCCUUACCGAUGCCCACAUCCGAAAAUGCAGUUCUUUCUUUACACCAGAACCACACAAGAAAAAGGUGAAUUAUUAAAUACAUUAGACAACAGAUCUCUAACAGCCUCGAACUUCAAUCCACUCCAUCCAACGAAAAUAGUCGUGCACGGAUUCGGCGGAGGCAGGAACCUGUCGCCUAGUACUGAUAUGCGGAAGGCUUACUUCACAAGGGGCAAUUACAACAUCAUCAUCGUGGAUUACGGAAGUCUCGUGAAAGAGCCGUGCUUAAGUCAGAUAGAAUGGGCUCCGCGUUUUGCCAGUCUCUGUAUAACACAGCUGGUAGAAUAUUUACAAUAUCACCCAAAGAAGCAAGUUCAGCCGGAACAAAUACAUACUAUUGGGUACAGUGUCGGCGCCCAUAUACUAGGCCUUGUGGCUAAUUAUUUAAAAGUCGGAAAACUUGGCAGGAUAACUGGCUUAGACCCGACUAUUUUCUUCUACAUGGGCAACAAUAGAUCCCGUGACCUGGAUCACACGGACGCGUUAUUUGUGGACAUUUUGCAUACUGGAGCCGGAAUCCUUGGCCAGUGGGGUCCGAACGGUCACGCGGAUUUCUAUGUCAACGGAGGCUCCAGUCAACCUGGUUGUGCUCAUGAUACCAUAUUCCAAACAUUGUCCUGUGAUCAUACGAAGGUGACGCCGUACUUCAUUGAGUCAAUAAACAGCAGAGCCGGCUUCUGGGCGGGUCCUUGUUCUAGCUUGUUUUCAUACUUAAUAGGCUGGUGUGAACCCAGAGACACUGAAUACGUGCUGAUGGGAGAACAUGUUAGUCAUAAUGCCAGAGGCGUAUACUACGUCACCACUAACGCGAAGCCACCGUACGCUAGAGGCUUCCCGGGCAAAUCGAGACGGCUUCGGCGACAGACAUCACUCACCAAAAGCUGACAACCAAAAAAUUACUUAAUAACAACCUUAUUAGUACGAUAAUUAAGUGUAAACUGAUAGUCGUAAAUGAAAUUUGUAUUAGGUACGUUAGAAACGUCCAACGGAACGUUUGAAUGAAGUCGUAACCAAAAAUAAUAAUGUUAAUUUAAUGCGCAUGAAGAAAAUAAUGUUUUUAUGGCUGUAGAUGAGCAGAAUAGCUCACGGCUGCUGUUAAAUUGCUGAUAGCUUGAAGUCGAAGCCUCAGUUUGUAGGUAUUAUCUGGCCCUGAAGCUAUUGUUUAAGGCGCGAUUGCUUCGUGGCAGAGGUUAAUUCUUACUGAUUACCCGUGCAACCGGACAAUACAACCGCGUGCCAACAAAAACCACGCAAACUUAUCAAUUCUGCUUCUUUGAUAUUUAUUACGCGAAACUUUCCAUUAAUCGUGAAAAUAUUCGUGGACACGUUUUAUAUUUACUCACGUAUUUAUUACACUUCAAAUUUUUUAUCACCUUUAGGAUUUUUGAUUUGGUUGGUUGAGUUGGAUUCGAAUUCACCGUGUGUCUCGUUCAUUACACCACGAACGCUUUAUCCAUUAGUUUAUCAACUUCUAGAGGUUCUAACAACAGCUUGUCCUAAGAUGGGUUUCCUUUGCUUGUAUAGUUUUACGAAUGAAAUAUGUAUGUGUCAAGAGCUAAGGCUUUGUUAUAUGAAAGAAAUAACCAAUAAAUGUAGUUUAAAAAUUAUUUAAAAAAAACAUGCUUAAAUAGAAAAACCAAACAAUUAAUGUCAUUUUUUUAACCGGUUGGCACAGGCAAAGUUAUUUAAAUCAUCAAAUUCCAGUAUUUUCACACUACUUAUUCGCUGGUAGCCUACUGAGGUAUUCUGGCUACGCUCGGACACGUAGAUGAUUGCUAACACCAGCCCUAGCAAGAAUAGUGUUUUGUUGAAUCCACCACCGGAUCGGAAUCGCGACCCACUGAGAAGGUCCGGAUAGAAACUCAGUGGGUUGUGUCUGUGGAUUACAUUGCACGUCGACCUCUUCGAUGAGAACGAUGAACAGUGCUUGGAGAGCCCAAAAACACAGAGUGGAUCCGGACAAGACGCGUUUUGGUUGACAAUGCUGCUAAGUGAUGAAAAUCGGCAAAAAUAUAUGCACACACAUCAAAUACCGAUGAAAAUAUGAUAAAAAAUUUACAUAAACCGAAGGUAAAUCGAACGACUGUAAGUCAUUGACUCAUCCAAAGAUUUAGUUACUACACACAAACAAAACAUAAUAGGUGUCAAACUGCUAAAAGGGUGUUAAAAUUAAUACUUGCCAAAUUCCUUUUAUUAAUCUAUUAUUUUUAGUAAAUUUCAGUUUAAAAUAAUGUAGAUGUAAUUGCCUUGUAAAAAUUUAUUUUGUAAUCUAACCACAGUUAAUAUCUUAUAGUAUAUCGAUAUAGGUAAAGAUUUAUAUGCACGUGUACUAAAAUCGGAAGUGGACCGAUUUCGGUUUAGAUGUUUUUUUGUGUGUUUCUGUAAAGCGUUAGUGAAUUCUUUCGGGCUUAACCCCGUGAGCUCGCCCACACAUCCGCUGAAGUCAGAAUUGCCCCUCGAGACUAUUGACAGUAGGUAAGCAAAUUAUACUCUGUGGCGUUAGUGGGUUAUAAGUUAUUAAAAUUAUUUUAUAAGCGAAAUAACAUUCCCCAAACAUGCUUGUUUAACGUGAUUUUACAAAUAAAGUGUUUAUGGUUCAAACUCUCAAAUGGUAACGAAUUUAAAUUAAAUAGAGUGCUAAUUAAUUAUUUAACAUUAGUUUGUAAAGGAUGUUAUUUGAGUGUAGAAUUACAGAAUCUACUUUUAUUUAUUCUUACCGUGUUUGUGAUAUUAGGAAGUUUUUUUUUGUAUGGUUAAAAUCUUAAGUUACGACUAUGAGAAUUCUGUGUGUCAUUUAUUUAAGAAAGCUAUAGUUUAGAAAUAAAAUUUUGAUUAUU